GGUUUGAUUGCUUCUCAGUUACCAGCAUGAGUGCAGCAACACAGACAUGGAUAAACAGACUUGUUCGCUGCCAGUAAAAAAGCAUGUGGUCUGGAGAACCAGGAUGAGCACAAAUAGUUCUGAAAGUGAAAAUGAAGACCAGGCUAAGCAGGAACUCCCCCGUCCUAGUAAUUCUAGUGGAGCUCUGUGUAACCGAACGCUGAGUUGCUGCUCUGGUCAGAAGAAGAAUGAAGCUCUACGCCUACCUCUAUGUGUUAAGAUUAAGAGAAAACCCUGGGAUUCAGACAUUGAUUCUACAGACAUACAUCUCGCAGAGCGAAGAACUGAUUAUGAAGCCGCAGAAAAAAAUGGAUUCUGUCAGGUUACAUCCAGUUACAGUGAAGAUGAAGAUAACAUCACAUUGGUUGUGGAUAAUGUAAAGUUUAGUGUUAAUCCACAGAUUUUUUCUUCUUACCCAGACACCUUGUUAGGAAGAAUGUUCGGAACUGGAAUAAGAUAUAAUAUUACUCGUCCGAAUAAAACAGGACAAUUUGAAAUUGCUGAGGGAAUUAGCCCACAUGUUUUCUGUGCAGUCUUGGACUACUAUAAAAAUGGCUUUAUUCAGUGCCCUGAUCACGUGUCAAUCCCUGAGCUCAGAGAAGCCUGUGAUUAUCUCUGUAUCAAUUUUGACUGCAACACUAUUCGAUGUCAUGACUUGAGGGCUUUGUUACAUGAGCUGUCAAAUGAUGGAGCAUAUUCACAAUUUGGAAACUUUCUAGAAGAGUUUAUUCUGCCUGUAAUGGUUUGCUGUGCCAAUCGAGGAGAAAGAGAGUGCCAUAUUGUAGUGCUAACUGAAGAGGACAUCGUGGAAUGGGAUGAAGAACAUCCUUCACCAAUGGGAGGAGAGAAUUCACAAAUUCUUUAUAGUACUAAGCUGUACAGAUUUUUUAAAUACAUUGAAAAUCGUGAUGUUGCCAAAGCUGUCCUGAAAGAACGUGGCAUGAAAAAUAUUCGAAUUGGAAUAGAAGGCUUUCCAACAAAUAAAGAAAAAGUAAAAUGGAGACCUGGAGGUAAAACCGAGGUUAUCUACAAUUAUGUGCAACGUCCUUUUAUUCAGUUGUCUUGGGAAAAAGAGGAAGGAAAAAGCCGUCAUGUCGAUUUCCAGUGUGUGACCAGCAAAAUGGUUUCUACCUUAUCAGUAACUGUAGCUAAUAUUUCAGAACAUUCAGAUGUUGUCAUCAAUCACCCUCCCAAAGUGGAUGAACUUGACAAGUUAAAAAAAUCCAUUGGCUCGAAUGAAAUGUUGAAACAACUCUAGUGCUGUUGAUAUAAGAAAGGGAAAACAAAUCUAUAGCAAUUUGUAAUUUUUCCUUACAAAUAGGAAUUUGUUCAUGACCUUAAGCAGUCACUUAAAUUUCUAACUGGAUCAGGUAGCACUUAUUAAUAUUUAAUAUUAUUGUAUACACUAUCUAAUAGAGCCUGAUAGAUUUUGCUCAACAAAAACUAAAUGUUAUCUUUAUAGAUGUUUGUUGAUUUUAAUAGCACAACCUGUAAAUAUAUUGCAAAUGCUUACUGAUGUGCAUAAUCAUUUUAGAUUUAAAUGGACCAACAAUUCUAUUUCUUAAU